AUGUGGAACGACACUGGAGAAACCAUUGUGCUUUUGCUUGCUCCCAUCCAUGUGUCUGCUCCAUGGGCUUGUGUCCGUUUAUGUCCUCCAGCUUGCACUUGUACUCAGGAACGGAACUGUGCUGUUCUUUGCGACCGAUCUGGAUUAUCACAAGUCCUCAGGGAGUUCCCUUGUGAAGCCUCUGCUAUCAACUUGGAUAAAAACAGUAUCAAAUUUUUGUCAGAAAAAGCCUUCGGUACUCUUCCAGCUCUACGAUCUUUGUCACUUGACCACAAUAACAUCUCCUUCAUCACCCCUGGAGCGUUUAAGGGGCUGCCUAAACUCACUGAAUUAAAACUGGCACACAACGAGUACAUUAGAUACCUGCACACCAGGACUUUUACUGGCCUGAAACACCUACUGAAGCUCGAUUUGUCUGACUGCAAUCUGUUUAACAUUCCAGACAGGAUUUUUACUGCAGCCACUUCUCUACAAGAGUUGGCAAUGUGGCAGAACAAUUUCAGAAGAAUACCUGGAGCAGUGAGGGGGAUGGAGGGCUUGGCCCGUUUGUACUUGGAGCGAAACAGGAUUGAAGCAGUGGCUUACAAUUCUCUACAAGGGCUGGUCAAUUUGAAAUAUCUUAACCUUCAAGAUAAUAAAAUCGCAGUUAUCCACGACAAGGGAUUUAAAGACUGUGUGAAACUGCAGUAUCUCUAUCUUAACGACAAUCUUCUGAACAAUCUUCCUGAGUUUGCAUUUAAAGAACUCGGGCUCUUGAAGAUGUUAAACUUGGGAGGUAACUUUUUGGUGAAUGUGUCUAAUACUUGGUUUAGUGAGCUUGUUGAGCUCGAAGUUCUCUAUAUGGACAGAAAUGCAAUCACUUACAUUGAAGAAGGGGCUUUUGAAAACCUGACCAGUUUGAUCUCCCUGCACCUGAACAGCAAUAACCUGACGACUCUGUCCUUUUCAGUCUUUCAGCCAGUGUACUUCAUAGCAAGACUCUAUGUGUUCAGGAAUCCAUGGGAGUGUGACUGCAAGAUGGAGUGGUUGAAGGAAUGGAUGGAAAACUACAAACUGGUUCGGGAUAUCCCGUGUGCCUCUCCAGAGUCAGUAGCCGGCAUGGACCUAAGCAAGGUCCUCUUCAGCAAAUCCACAGGUGGUGUCUGCCUGGACCCAGCUGAACUGAAUGUGACAGCUUACACACCAACUCUGCCAGAAUGGCCCCGAUCCACCACAGAGAAUAGGUUCAGCAGUCUUAUCUCGAAAUUUCUCAUUCCAAAAAUGUUUGAUACUGAAAACAGCACCGAAAUAUUUAGGAAUGUGUCAGACCCGAGUGGAAUUGACGAGGAAGUGUCUGCAGCUGCUAAUGUCGAACGAUAUCAAAUCGACAGACACAUUCAAAUCCUGACAGUCAUUAUAAUUUUACAUUAUAAUAUAUGA